UGUAUUUAGAAUAUUUUCAGAAACAAUGAGGUUUAAGAGCUUUUUGCUGCUUUACCUAGAUAUUGUGGUUGGACUGCACCAUGGAGUUAAAUCAAUCAAAUCAAACCUAAUUGGAGUAACUAUGUACAAGAGAAGUACUAUACAAGCCCAAACCCUGGGUUUAUGUAUAUCUAGAUGUGCUGCGGAUAUGCUAUGUGACCGUCUUGAUUAUCAGAACAAUGAGUGCACUCUUGGUCAAAAAUAUCCUUCGCCAGAUUUUUCCACUCCCCUAGUUGACGUUACUGAAAUGUGGGAGAUGGUCUACUCUAAGGAGCACGCUGCAGGGAUAAAAGCUAAGAUUGCUCUACAGAAACAAGUGUGUUUAACCACAGAUGGAAGAAGAUGUAUUUUCCCCUUUACUUUUAAUCGCAAGACUUAUACUUUCUGUUCACUUGAUAAUGCUGCUAACCUACAGGAAAACCGUCCUUGGUGUUCAACACAAACCGAUCAACAGGGCAAUCAUAUAGGCAACAUAGGUGCAUGGGGAUACUGUGAAAGCCCCUGUCCUCUUGGAUAAUGGACUCUAAUGGACGGAAUUCAACAACAGACCUGACUCCUCUCCUCGUUCAAGGGAGGAGUUUUAAUUUUAAUAAAAAUUAUGUCAGAAGUUAAUUCAAACCAUAAUUAAAACUUUCUUUUUAAAAUAUUUAUCUACACCAUAGAUGUGAGAUGUGACUAACUAACACAGAACUAACACCGUUUUUUUAUGUGCUUAAUAUAAAAUGUGUUUUCAAUAUUCAUCAAUUUUAUUAAAAUAAAUCU